AUGGACCUGACCUCGAGAUCAAAACAACAACCCCACCCCAAACCGCGGAUGCAUUUCACCGCAAACAGCUGGAUCAACGACCCAUGCGCGCCCGGCUAUGAUCCGCACACGAAGUUGUACCAUCUCUUCUACCAAUGUAACCCGACCGGUUGCGAAUGGGGCAACAUGUCAUGGGGCCACAUCGUGUCCCGCGACAUGGUGUCUUGGACCCAAGCCGACGUGUCGCCGGCCCUCAUCCCAGACCAACCAUACGACGCCCAGGGGGUGUUCACCGGCUGUUGGAUCCCUCCCAUCGACGACGAGUCAGGCAAUACAUUAUGGGUCGCUUAUUCAUCAGUCAAACACCUCCCCUUUCACUGGACCACGCCGCCCUACCCUCGCAACGCAGCUGGCUUGGCUAUAGCAUCGUCUCGUGACGGUGGCAGGACUUGGACGAAAUCGGCGCGGAAUCCGAUGGUGGCGGGGGAGCCGGGUGGCCUGAAGGUUACGGGAUUCCGGGAUCCGUUCGUGACAGAGCUGCCUUUGAUCUCAAACACAAGUGACAGAGGGUGUGUUCUCUAUGGGCUCGUCUCGGGCGGGAUUCAAGACUCCGGCCCAACCGUCUUCCUGUACGAGAUCCACCGCGACAAUCCAGAACAGGAAUGGAGAUACCUCGGCCCUUUGGUAGAAUUGCCAUCGAGGUUCCAACCCUCCGAGAAAUGGAGCGGGAACUUCGGCGUCAACUGGGAAUGUGCCAAUCUCGUGGCGCUGCGAGCAGGCCCGGACGUUCGACAUUUCCUGGUUAUGGGCGCCGAGGGGGAUGUCGAGAAGGAGCAUGUGCGGUCAUAUCAGCGCCCCGCCACGGCGCCUUCGCGGACUGUGAGGGCUCAGUUGUGGAUGUCGGGUCGUCUGCUCCCGCCUGCCAGCGGCGAUGGCGUGCGAUUCCAAUAUGAGUCCGGGGGAUAUCUCGACCAUGGACCGUACUAUGCUGCCAAUUCGUUCAUGGAUCCCCAGUCCGGACGCACGAUUGUGCACGGUUGGAAUCCCGAGGAAGACCUAACCCUAGGCGCCGCUGCAAAGAAGGGGUGGAACGGGUCUCUUGCCAUUCCGCGCGAGAUCUUCCUCCUCCGGAUCCCGAAAGUCGUCGGGGCGCUGCGGAGCGCACUGCAGGAUAUCUCUCCCUUUGAGCUCAUCACUGAAGAGGAUAGAACAACUACUGUCUUGACCUUGGCAUAUCCGCCAUUGCCCUACCGGAAUCAGACGCCAUCACACGCCGGGCCAUUUGCCAGACAGCGUCCACAAGCUGGGAACUCGAGGCGGCCAUUGCAAUCCACCCGGGAUGUGAAGAAGUCGGCUUUCACCUGCGCCACAAUGAUGAUCUCUCCAUUCGCACCAUGGUGA